GUUUGAUGCGAUUGUAUCUGAUGAUGCUUUCAAAAAUUUGAAGCCUGCUCCUGAUAAUUUCUUGGCUGCAUCAUGGAUUUAUGAUCUUCCCAUUUGUGAGGUAGUUUCCAGAAUGUCCAAUGCUGCUUCGCUACCAUCCAGAAGUUGGAAUAUAAAUGUAAUCCAUCCUGUAGAUCUAUGUUUUAAGCUCCUUGAUAAUAUAAGUUUAGAGGAGGGAGCAAUGUGUGAGCCACCUAGUGUUGGUGUUCAUGCCUGUCGGCGUGCAAAUAUUGGUCCCAAGACAAAUAUAUUAGUUCUGGGAGCUGAACUAAUUGGGCUUGUCACACUGUUUGCUGCUCGUGCUUUUGGCGCCCCAAGAAUUGUUAUUGUGGAUGUAGAUGACUAUCGUCUUUCUGUCGCAAAAAAGUUAGGAGCAGAUGACAUCGUGAAAGUUUCAACUAAUAUUCAGAAAGCGAUGGGAUUUGGAAUCAAAGUGAGUUUUGACUGUGCUAGCUUUAACAAAACCAUGUCAACUGCCCUUGGUGCAACUCAUCCAGGCGGCAAAGUUUGCUUGGUGGGAAUGGGACAUCACGAGAUGACCGUUCCUCUCACUCCAGCUGCUGCAUCAUAG